CAGUCGCACAAGCCCCGUGAAAAGCAUUCUGGGAUACAAUAUGUAAACAUCAACCUCAAACCCGUAAGACGCGAUAUACAGAAUGCGAAUUUGAACAGACUUUUUUUUAUAUAUAUAUAUAUAUAUAUAUAUAUGAUUUUGCCUUUUAAUACAAAACGGGGGCACUCGACUUAGUGGUUUAUCGGGAUGUGACUAUGCUGUCAAGAAACGACAGUACUUCUGUGCAAGUGUCAGAAUGCUAGCAUCCAGUUAGCUCGCUGCUGGAUCACAUUCAUGCGCUUGUAGUUGUCUUACAUUACGACGGAUUCGUUCAUUCUUUGUUACCGGCAGACCAGACUCCUCGUCCUACUGUGAAGGAUGGGUGUGAAAACCUUCACUCACAACUCCCCCAGUCACAGCCAGGAGCUUUUGGAUAAGCUCAACACCCUACGCAGUGAGGGCCAUUUCUGUGAUGUCACUAUCCGAGUACAGGGCCAGAUGUUCUCGGCCCACAAGGUAGUGCUAGCCUGCUGUAGUGACUUCCUUCGAGCAAAGCUGUCUGGGAAGCUGGCUGAAGAAGACACUGUAAUUGUAGGCGAAGAUAACAAACAUGUGCUGGAUCUCCAACAUGUGACGGUCGCUGGUUUCGCUCCUCUUCUGGAAUACGCUUACACAUCCACCCUGUCCAUUAGUACGGAGAAUAUCAUUGACGUACUAGCAGCAGCUAGCUACAUGCAGAUGUUUGCGGUGGCCAACACUUGCUCUGAGUUCAUGAAGUCCAGUAUCCUGUGGAACUCUGCAUCUUCGGGAGCAGGAGGUCGUGGUAGCACCCAGCCUCCAGUUUUACACAGGCCCCAAGAGACCCCUGAAGGCCAUGCGAGCUGCACACUCGCUCCUGUAGAUGCCCUCUCACCAUCUCCGGUCUCAUCUGAGUGCAGUGUACCAGAGCGGCCCAUCCCUGUGUGCCGUGAGUCUAGACGCAAGCGUAAAGGCUUUGCGAGCCCGCAACCAGCAUCCUCAACCUCUCCACAAGUCCCCAACCCCUCUCCAUCCUCUUCCUCCUUCCCAGAGAGUUCAGCGCAGGCUCUGGAACCAUCUCUGACCUUCUCCUGGACAUACCCCUUUGGUGUGGACCGGCGGUUUGCACCAGAUAAGUCAAAACUUCCCGAAGGUCUCCUGGAACCAUCUGGAGUGUCUGGGCAGGACUCUAGUGGACGAGCAUUGGUGGAGUAUCUGGCUUGCGAGGGCCCACGCGGCCUGGGCGUGACUGGGGUUGAAGAGGAGGAAGAAGAAGAUGUGCAGGUGAAGGUGGAGAGGCUGAGUGAUGAAGAAGUGCAUGAAGAAGCUUCUCAACCAGUCAGUGCUCCACACAGUUCUCUGAGUGACCAGCAGACAGUUCCUGGCAAUGAACACACCCAAGAGGAUCUACUCAUCAGCCCUCAGUCCUCAUCCAUUGGCUCCCUGGAUGAGGGGGUGACAGAGGGUCUCCAAUCCAUGCAGGGCACUCCGAACACUACUGGUCACAUGGAAGAGGAUGAGAGACUGGAGAAUAUCCAGUACCCAUACCACCUGUACAUUAGCCCCUCCACUCGCCCAGGACUCAACAGUCCUGAACGGCCCUUCCAGUGCCCUACAUGUGGCGUCCGCUUCACUCGAAUACAGAAUCUCAAGCAGCACAUGCUCAUCCACUCUGGUAUUAAGCCAUUCCAGUGUGACCGCUGCGGGAAAAAGUUUACUCGGGCGUACUCCCUGAAGAUGCACCGGCUGAAGCACGAAGGUAAACGCUGUUUCCGGUGCCAGAUCUGUAGCGCUACUUUCACUUCCUUCGGUGAAUAUAAGCAUCACAUGAGGGUGUCUCGCCACAUCAUCCGUAAGCCUCGGAUUUACGAGUGCAAAACGUGCGGCGCCAUGUUUACCAACUCCGGCAAUUUAAUCGUACACCUGAGGAGUCUCAACCAUGAGGCAUCAGAACUAGCAAACUACUUCCAGACCAGUGAGUUCCUCCUCCCAGACUACCUGAGUCACAUGCAAGAGGAAGAGGGGCUGGGACACUUCGAGAUGAGUGAGCAGACCUUUGAAGCUUCUUCCUCCUCUUCCUCAGUCCAAACACCAGUUAUCUCUCAAGUUUCCUCUACCAUGAACUAUGACAACCACACUUAUGCACCUCCUUCCCAAACCCCGAACCCCAGGUCAGGGCUCGGAGGAGAGGCCUCACAAGUGGAUCAUCCGAAGUCCACUGCUGCUGUGACCUCUCUGCAAGACCCAGAGGAAGACGAGGGAGAAAAGGACAGAGGUGGAAGAAAAAAGAAGAAAAGUCUAGUGUCAAUUACAAUUGAGUGAAAACGUUCCAUACCUGUAAACAUGUAUAAUAACAGUCAAUGUCCUGUUGCACACAGAAUGCUUCUGUUGUUGAUAGCCUAUUAUACUCUCAGAAAAAAAGGGUACAAAAGUUGCCAAUGGGGCAGUACCUUUGAAAAAGGUACAUCUUUGUACUUUAUUUACCUGU